AUGGAUGCAAAGUUCACCCGGAUGCUCUGUGUGCUCUGCCUGAUUGUCACGGUCCGAGCGUUUACCCGGGAAGGGUUCAAGGAGGUGUUGUUGAAGCAGCUGGGGCUCUCUGAGGUCCCUAAACUUCAUAAGAGAGACUUGGUGGAUCUGGUUAUCCCAGACCACGUAAAGAACAAAUACAUCUCCAUGCUGAAGCGCCAGACGAGCCUGGCCGGCAUCCUCAGGGGGAUCCCUGGCAACGCAGGCAUGGCAGGAGAAGUCCUCUACUCCGACACCGCCACGCGCCAGAACCUGAUCUUUGACAUGGAGGGCAGGAUACCUAAAAACAGCGAAGUGACAAUGGCUGAACUGAAACUCUUCAAAAAGCCUCUGGACAGAGCAAACCUGCCUGCCAAGCCGUCCCACAGGCCCGUCUCCAACGCCAGAGUCAGCGUGUACUGGGUGCAACGGCAGCACGACGGUACCAACAGGACCUCCCUGAUAGACUCCAGGCUGGUUCCUAUACGUGAGUCAGGUUGGAAGAACUUUGAUGUGACGCAGGCUGUGCAUUACUGGCUGCGAAACAAGAGGCGGGAGCCAAUGUUCCUGGAGGUCUGGAUUGAAGGAGAAAGGGUAGGCAGCCAUGCCUCGGAAAUGGCCAAAGCUGUGCGUUUCACCUCUCAGGACCCCAAAGACAAAGCCCUAGGCAAACCUGAACUGGUGCUUUACACUCUCAACUUGGAAGACUAUGGGGGCCCCGGGGACUGCAAGGAGGAGGCGCUGACGGGGAAGUCCACCUGCUGCCGGCAGAAACACUACGUCAACUUCCGUGAGCUCGCCUGGACGCAGCACUGGAUCAUCGAGCCAGCAGGGUACCAGGCUUACCGGUGCUCAGGGGGCUGCCUGCAGCCCCCCAGCCCACUGUGGCGCUUCGGCUAUGGGGACCGCACCUGCGCCGUGGCGGAGAGCUCCCCGCUCCCCAUGAUGUACCUCGUCAAGCGGGGCAACCGCACUGAGAUCGAAGCGGCUGAGUUUCCCAACAUGAUCGUCGAGAAGUGCAGCUGCAUCACAGAUGGCAUGGCCCUGGUGUGA